CAUUUCCUCCCCUUCCUAGUUACUCCCGAAUGCCCAGGUUCACUGGCUGGCUCCCUCACCUAACCCCAGGUCUCAGUUCCACCGUGCCCUUUCGGGGAAUCGGGGAGAAAACUGAAGUCCCCCCACCCCAGCAACCCUGUCCCCUCUCCUAGCUUUAUUUUGUUCCAUGGCACUUGUCAUCGUGAAGUUAUCUUGUUUACAGUGUCUCCCCCACAGUAUAAACUCCGUGAAGGCAGGAGUUAUUGUUUGUUUUGUGUUCUUGCGCAUCCUCGGUGCUUAGAACAGAGCCUGGUGCACAGGAGGCGCUCCAUAAAUGUUUGCAGAAUGAAUUUUUAUUGCAAUGCAUUUAAUGGAAUAGUCCAGAUUACUCUUGGGCACCUAUUAAGCGUGGCCUACCAUUUUCCCGCUUGGGGCUGUGUGUGGGCAUCAUGUGCCUCAGUUGCACCCGCCGUAAAAUGGGAUCAGGAAUAGCUGUUUCUACGCCUUGUUGUGGGAACUAAGUUUGGUCACCAAAGCCAAACGCAGAGGACACCGCCUAGAUUAAGCUUGGCUGGCGGCAGAGCCCCUGCGGGGCCGUCCCGUCCCCUCCCAGUAGGCCCCGCCCCGGUGGGCGGAGCCACGAGCCCGGCCAGCACGUGUAAGAGUUCCCGGCGGGUCGCCGCAGUCACUCACCUGAGCGCCUCGGCCUGAGCGCGCACGGAACGCGCGUCCUCCGCCCGCCAGCCUGCCCGCUCGCCCGGCCUGCGACUCAUGUCCCGCCGCAAGGCCGGCAGCGCGCCCCGCCGAGUAGACCCCGAGCCCGCCGCCAGCCCAGACUACGAGAUGGAGAUGCCGGACCUCGUCAUCGACGUGAAGCCUGAGCCAGACCCUCGGCCCCUACAGGCCCCAUGGCCGAGGCCCUUUUCCCCGCAGGAGCUGCCCGCGUCGGGGCGGCUCGGGGGCGAGCCCCGCGGCUCUCCUGGCCCCGUGCCCGCCGGGGCCGCCCUCCACGCUCUCGGCGCGCGGAGCUCGUGGGCCUUGUGGACGCCGCUGACCCCGAACUCUCCCGACCGCCAGCCUUGGGCCGACAAACACCCAGAUCUGUUGACCUGCGGCCGCUGCCUGCAGACUUUCCCGUUGGAGGCCAUCACCGCCUUCAUGGACCACAAGAAGCUGGGCUGUCAACUCUUAAGAGGCCCCAGCCCCUGCCAGAGCUCAGAACACGAGGACCUAAAGGCUUUGAACUGCCUCCGCUGCGGCAGACAGUUCACCAGGGCCUGGAAACUGCUGCGCCACGCCCAGUGGGACCACGGACUGUCCAUCUACCAGACGGAAUCGGAGGCACCGGAGGCGCCACUGCUGGGCCUGGCCGAAGUGGCCGCAGCUGUGUCGGCGGUGGUGGGGCCGGCAGCUGAGGUCAAGGGCCCCCAGGUGAACGGCCUCGGCCGGCGGAGCCCCACCUGCCUCGUAUGCAAGAAGACCCUCAGCUCCUUCAGCAACCUCAAGGUGCACAUGCGCUCGCACACUGGCGAGCGGCCCUACGCCUGCGACCAGUGUCCCUAUGCCUGCGCCCAGAGCAGCAAGCUCAACCGCCACAAGAAGACCCACCGGCAGCUGCUGCCCCAGAGCCCCCGCAUGGCUGACACCAGCCAGGAGCAGGCCUCCGCAGCGCCCCCGGAGCCAGCUGUCCAUGCCGCGGCCCCAGCCAGCACCGUCCAGUGCAGCGCUGGCGAGGGGGCUGGAGCCGCCGCCACGGCCGGUGUCCAGGAGCCUGGGGCUCCCGGCCGAGGGGCACAAGCAGGCCCUGGUGGGGAUGGUUGGAGAGCUGUCAGCAAGGAGGAACAGAGAAUCGACCCUGCAAACAGUCAGAAGACGUCACCCAAGAAGAUGCCCAAGUCAGUGGGUAAGAGCCGCGGGGCUGGGGGCAGCUGCGAGUUCUGCGGGAAGCACUUCACCAACAGCAGCAACCUGACGGUGCACCGGCGCUCGCACACCGGCGAGCGGCCCUACGCCUGCGAGCUCUGCUCCUACGCCUGCGCCCAGAGCAGCAAGCUCAACCGCCACCGCCGCAUGCACGGCCUGGGGCCCGGCAGCACCCGCUUCGAGUGCCCCCACUGCUGCGUGCCCUUCGGCCUCCGUGCCACCCUGGACAAACACCUGCGGCAGAAGCACCCGGAGGCUGUCGGGGAGGUGUGAGCACAGAGUGCCCUCCCUGCUGCAUGACUGUUGACCCCCCCUUCUGCAAGUAAAUUGUCCUUGUUAUUUA